GCCCGCCUCGCGCCACGGCUCCGGAACGGCGCCCUCCUGGAUGUCGUCCUCCGAGGGCGCCCCGCCGCGCGGGCCGGCGUCGUCGUCCGCCUCCUCGGCGCCGCCCACGCCCGCCUCCCGCACCGUCUACAGCGACCGCUUCAUCCCCAGCCGCACCGGAUCCAACCUCGCGCUCUUCGACCUCGCCCCCGCCCCCUCCUCCUCCGGAUCUGCCGCCGCGGCCGCGCCCCCGUCGCCCUACUGCGCGCUCCUCCGCGCGGCGCUCUUCGGGCCCGACGCGCCCGACCGCCUCGCCUCCUCCGCCGGGGCCUCCUCCUCCUCCUCCGCGGCCUCCCCCGUCGGGUCCCCCGCCGGCGGCAACAUAUUCCGGUUCAAGGCCGAGGUGCCGCGCAACGCCAAGCGCGCGCUCUUCGCCGGCGGGGACGACCAGGACCUGCUCUUCCCCGGCAUCUUCACCCCCAAGGGCUCCGGCCCCAGGAAGAUCCCCAGGUCGCCCUACAAGGUGCUGGAUGCGCCCGCAUUGCAGGACGACUUCUACCUCAACCUCGUGGAUUGGUCUUCGCACAAUGUCCUCUCGGUCGGAUUGGGGAAUUGCGUCUACCUGUGGAAUGCAUGCAGCAGCAAGGUCACCAAGCUCUGCGAUUUGGGGGCGGACGACACCGUUUGUUCCGUCAGUUGGGCGCAGCGUGGCACCCACCUGGCUGUAGGGACUAACCAAGGCACCGUCCAGAUAUGGGAUGCAACACGCUGUAAGAGAAUGAGAACCAUGGAAAGCCAUCGCAUGCGAGUAGGUGCUCUUGCAUGGAACUCUUCAUUGCUUUCUUCUGGCAGUCGCGAUAAGAACAUCCUUCAUCAUGAUCUCCGUGCUCCGGAGGACUAUGUUAGCAAACUCACCGGGCAUAAAUCUGAGGUUUGUGGGCUCAAGUGGUCUUAUGAUAACCGCCAGCUUGCAUCUGGUGGAAACGACAACAAACUUUUUGUUUGGAAUCAACAUUCAGUACAGCCAGUGCUUAAGUAUACUGAGCACACAGCAGCUGUGAAAGCUAUUGCCUGGUCACCUCAUCUACAUGGCCUUCUUGCAUCUGGUGGUGGAACUGCAGAUAGAUGCAUAAGGUUUUGGAAUACGACCACAAAUACACACUUGAGUUCCAUGGAUACAGGGAGUCAGGUGUGUAAUCUUGUGUGGUCAAAGAAUGUGAAUGAGCUUGUUAGCACCCAUGGAUACUCCCAGAAUCAGAUAAUAGUGUGGCGGUAUCCGACAAUGUCAAAGCUUGCCACAUUGACAGGACAUACAUUCAGAGUAUUAUAUUUAGCCAUCUCCCCUGAUGGACAGACAAUUGUUACUGGUGCUGGUGACGAGACGCUCCGGUUCUGGAACGUGUUUCCGUCUCCCAAGUCCCAGGUACCAUCUUAA